AUGAUAAAGGUUCUUAUGUUAUGUUUACAAAACAACCCACCGAAAUCUCAGAUUUUAGUAAGCAGGACACCCAAUGCAAUAACAACAAUGUGGUCACAAAGACCUCAUACAAUGUGGCAACAUCCGUGGUGUGGAAUGCGAUCUUUUAGCAGAAUCCAGUCAGCCCGCCUACCCCAAGCCAGCUGCGCUCAUACUACUGGACUGUUAUCAAGGGUCUGUCCUACGGCAACGAAACAAGUGUUUUCGCGCAUUGAGACGAUCUUGGCCCAGCGAUGCGAAUAG